AUGUUCGCUGCCAAGCAGCAGAGGUCGCAGAUCCGGCAGACCUUCGGCUCGCAUUACGAUCGCCACGCGAGUCCAGUGCGCAACACGCGCAGCAGUGGCGAGUCCUACCCCUCCUCGAGCCGCAGCGCAAGACGCGCCGCGGAGGCGAAGGAGCGGGACGCGGAGUUCGGGCGGCGCUGGGUGAGUGACAUGGUCGGUGGCAUCGCCUGCUCGGAGCGGCACCGGGCCGAGGACGUGAAAUGGAGGCAGCUCGAGGUCCUCUUCGGCGAGGUGCCGUCCUGGGCGGACCAUCUGCCCGCCGGCACCCGCCAGGAGGAUCUGCUGCCGGCUGACGUGGACAAGAG